UGAAUUAACAACCAAAAUUAAAAAUAAAACAAAAAAUUCCAAAAUGGCAAUGUUUAAUGCCGAUUUUGUCACUUCAGGUUGUUCCUCAGCAAUACCUUCCCCUACUUCAUCACCUUCCUCGGCUAGGGCUUUAUCUGAAGGAAAUGCAGCAAAAAAGGGUAGAGGUAGUUCUACAAGUCAUUAUGAAAAUGUAGCUAGUAGUAUUGUUGGAAUUCGGCCAAACCGAUCACGUUCUAUUUUUGUUCACCUUCAUCACCAUCAUCCACCUCUUGGACAUCGAGACUCCUUACCCAGUCCUCCAUUGAGUCCAGGCGGAAUCUCAGUUCGUUCAGCACGAAAAGCUUUGUCUUUGUCCAGUCCAAACAGUUGUUUUAAUCGAGCUAAAAAAUUUUACCAAAAAUCUCCACUUCGGCAUGUCGGUCCCUGGAUGUUAUUAUUACUUUAUGCUCUUCUCGGUGCACUUCUUUUCUUUUGUUUAGAAGCAGAAAAUGAACGUUUAUUAAUUCGAAAAGAAUGGAAUCAAUUAGAGAGAUUGAGGCAACAAACACUUAGAAGAUUAGCUAGAGUAGAGAGGCAUCAUCAAAAAGAAGUUUUGAUACAAUUUGAGAGAGAAUUAGUUAAAAUUAAAUUACCUGAAGCUUUGGGUGAGGGUUUUUGUUUUGAAAUUAAAAUAAUAAUUUUAUGUUUUUUUGAAGCUUGGGAUUUUUGGGGAGCUUUAUUUUAUGUCCAAACAGUAUUUACAACAAUAGGUUAUGGGAAUAUAACACCUAGAACUACAGCAGGGCAAGCAUUUUCAAUUUUAUAUGCAAUUGUUGGUAUUCCUUUAGUUUUGGCUUUGUUAAAUCAAACAAGUAGAAGAAUGACUAGAUGGUUAAGUCAGAAAUGGAUAAAGUAG